AAGAAGAGAGAGACACGCAUACAAAAGGAUUUAUUUCCUAUUCGUUAGUGGAUUGUUAAACCUGAGUGGGAAGGAGAAAGAAACAAGGGUGGGUUGUUUUAUUUUGUUCGUAAUUUUUUUCCUAAAAAAAAAAUCCCUUAAGUGGAUUUGUACCAGGGUGGAAGAUAACUGGGGAUUUUUGUUGUUUGUUUUGGGAAUAGAAACUAAAAAAUGGAGACUGUAAGUAGAAGCAGCUUCCAGCCUCAUCCAGGACUGCAGAAGACCUUGGAACAGUUUCAUCUGAGCUCUAUGAGCUCCCUGGGUGGCCCUGCUGCUUUCUCAGCACGAUGGGCACAGGAGAUGUACAAGAAAGACAAUGGCAAAGACCCAGCAGAACCUGUACUGCAUCUGCCCCCUAUCCAGCCUCCUCCGGUAAUGCCUGGUCCCUUCUUCAUGCCCUCGGACAGAUCCACAGAGAGGUGCGAGACCAUCCUGGAAGGGGAAACCAUCUCCUGCUUCGUGGUGGGUGGAGAAAAGCGGCUUUGCUUGCCCCAGAUCCUGAACUCGGUGCUCAGGGACUUCUCCCUGCAGCAGAUUAAUUCGGUGUGUGAUGAGCUACAUAUUUACUGCUCCAGAUGCACUGCUGACCAGCUGGAAAUCCUCAAAGUCAUGGGCAUCCUGCCCUUCUCUGCUCCUUCCUGCGGGCUCAUCACUAAAACUGAUGCUGAGAGGCUUUGUAACGCCUUGCUUUAUGGUGGCACCUAUCCUCCCCACUGCAAGAAGGAAUUCUCUAGCACAAUUGAGCUGGAGCUUACAGAGAAAAGCUUCAAGGUGUAUCAUGAGUGCUUUGGGAAGUGUAAGGGACUCUUGGUGCCAGAGCUUUACAGUAAUCCCAGUGCAGCCUGCAUCCAGUGCUUGGACUGCAGGCUUAUGUACCCACCUCACAAAUUUGUGGUCCACUCUCACAAAUCUCUGGAAAACAGGACUUGCCACUGGGGCUUUGACUCUGCAAACUGGAGAUCCUAUAUCCUCCUCAGCCAGGAUUACACUGGGAAAGAGGAGAAAGCUAGACUGGGCCAGCUCUUAGAUGAAAUGAAAGAAAAAUUUGACUAUAACAACAAAUACAAGAGGAAAGCCCCUAGGGUCCCUUCAGAUCCUCCUGCUUCCAAAAAGCCCAAAAUAGAUGACUCUGCUUCCCAAUCUCCAGCUUCUACUGAGAAGGAAAAACAGUCCAGUUGGUUACGGUCCUUAUCCAGUUCAUCUAAUAAGAGUAUUGGCUGUGUCCAUCCCCGUCAGCGUCUCUCAGCUUUCCGGCCCUGGUCCCCUGCUGUAUCGGCAAAUGAGAAGGAGCUCUCAACCCAUCUUCCCGCGUUGAUCCGAGACAGUUUUUACUCCUACAAAAGCUUUGAGAAUGCUGUGGCUCCCAAUGUGGCACUUGCACCUCCAGCCCAACAGAAAAUUGUCAGCAACCCGCCCUGUGCCACAGUGGUAUCACGGAGCAGCGAGCCACUGAGCAGCACUGUCCAGCCACGGAAAAGAAAACUUGCUGCAGAGAACACAGCUAUCCCAGAAGCAGCAGCCACUGUUGCGACCACUGUUACUGCCACUGAAGAGGAUAAGGAAUCAGAAGCAGAAAUUGAAGUAGAAACCAGGGAAGAAUUCACCUCCUCCUUAUCCUCGCUCUCCUCCCCAUCCUUUACUUCAUCCAGCUCUGCAAAGGACAUGAGCUCACCUGGGAUGCAAGCCCCAGUCACAGUCAACAGUUCAUACGAGGUUGCAGCACAUUCUGACUCUCACAGCAGUGGGUUGGAAGCUGAGCUGGAGCACCUAAGGCAGGCCCUGGACAGUGGCCUAGAUACAAAAGAAGCCAAAGAAAAAUUCCUCCAUGAAGUUGUUAAAAUGAGAGUCAAGCAGGAAGAGAAGCUAAAUGCUGCCUUGCAAGCCAAACGCAGUCUACAUCAGGAGCUGGAGUUCCUAAGAGUGGCUAAGAAAGAGAAACUGAGAGAAGCAACAGAGGCGAAGCGCAACUUAAGGAAAGAGAUUGAACGUCUGAGAGCUGAGAAUGAGAAGAAAAUGAAGGAAGCCAAUGAGUCUCGGAUACGACUGAAGAGGGAACUGGAACAAGCCAGGCAGAUCCGGGUUUGUGACAAGGGCUGUGAAGCAGGCAGGCUCCGGGCCAAGUACUCAGCCCAGAUUGAGGACCUACAGGUUAAGCUUCAGCAUGCAGAGGCUGACAGGGAGCAGCUCCGAGCUGACCUGAUGCAUGAAAGGGAGGCUCGAGAACACCUGGAAAAAGUAGUCAAGGAACUUCAGGAACAACUGUGGCCUAAAUCAAGCAGUCAACCCAGCAGUGAAAACACAACGAGCAACAUUGAGAACUAA